CUGGCCGCCGCCGCCGCGUGUGUCGUCUACUGCAGCCUAUAUACCUUUUUACCGGCCCGUAAUAGUUGAGUGCACGCCUCGCCUGUGCAGCCCCGAGUGUUGUUUUUUUGGCCAGAUUUUACCUCCCUUUUUAUUUUUUUUUAAUUGCAAACUCGUUCGUGUAAAGUGUCAACGUAAUUUGACUGGCAUACAUUUUCGAAGUUUAUACUGAAUAUAUUGGUGAGGUUUGAAAAAUAAAAAUUAUUUCACGUAUUAUUGGUGCGAAUUAAAUUUUUUUUUUCAAAUUUACACAGUGAUGACAUUUCGGACUUAUAACAUAAUAAGUUUAAUCGAGUGUAUUUUAUGAAAGAAAGUAGUUAUUAACAUAGAUAACAACGCUGUUUAUAGUGAUAAUUGAAUAGUGAACAUGUUAUAACUAAAGAAAUCAGAACGAGAUUACAAUUAAUCAACGUGUCCUUCGUUCACAUUGUUUUCAUUAUAAAUUUACCUAUUAGGUUAUAAUUGUUGUUUAAAAAAAAAAAAAAAUGAAGUGAAAAAAGGCAACAUCAUCAUCAGUGACUUGGGCGUGCUUGCCUCGCGCCGGUAUCGAAAAUCGGUCCUAAUCAGGACUGCUGGAUCGCAUGGUUACAGCAAGAUUGAGCAGUAGAGAUGAUAGGAGCCAAUCUGCGAUUCGGCAUCGGGGCGUCGGGCAAUGUCACGUCGAACGCCACAAAGGUCUUCCAGUGCCAUCCGGGCGGCGUGGCCGAGGCCACCGUCAUUUUUAGCCUCGGCGCUAUGGGAAUGGGCGCCAACAUUAUGCUCAUGGCCCUCAUACUCGGCAAGCGAAACUUGAGAAGAUGGUCGCAAGGUCUGCUGUUUCAUCAAGCCAUGGUGGAUUGCGCGCGAGCCGCCAUCCUCUUGCCACUCGGCUCGAGCAUCCUCAACUGUCAGCCGGUCAAUAAGUGCUCUCUGGUCGAGACGGCCUUUCUCUUGCUGGUCACCGUUUCCACGGUCAACAUGCUUACUACCGUGCUCAACGACAGUCCCGUCUUCGAGGAGGAGAACGACGGCGAUGGCAUAGAGAUCGCCGCGCCCAUUCUCAUGGAUUCACCUCAGUGCGUAAUCUUCGGUACGUUCAUGAUCUGGUUCGCGAGCAUCACCAUCAAUUUGGGCCCGACCUUUCUGAGCGGUGCGCUGGCCGCCAACACGGAGACGGGCCACAACGAGCCCAGCUGUCCCCUGGUGCACGGCCCCUUCCGCCACUACAUACUCAAUCUGUUAUGGAUAUUCAUCAACAUCAUCUGCGUCGUGCUGACGCUCUUCCACCUCAGAAAGCUGCACAGAGACUUGACGAAAUCCAACGUCGAGGCGGUGAGAGUAACCGGACUCGUGACCACACUGGUCAACGUGACCGGCGGCCAGGCGGCUGGACCGAGACCCGGAGAAGACGGCGGCUCGGCGGUCGACGGUGUUCGCAGAAGCAGCGGUACGCCAAAGAGGGUUGGCGCCAUCCAGGAGCAUCAAAAAAUGAGAAACUAUCUGCGAAGAAUAGAGCGCGACGGCGUCCAGAGGGUGAAGAUGUUUCUCGUCAUCACGGCGGCCUACGUCAUUUUCUGGGGGCCGCUGUUCUUCGUCACCCUGGUGCAUCAUCCAGCGAUCGGCAACACGACGGGAUACGAGGUAACGCUGCACAUCGCCUACGUGCACGCGUUCGUCAAUCCGACCCUCUUCCUCACGCUGCACCGCGGCCUGCGGCAGGGCAUGACCGACGUCUGUUGCGGCUGCUGCGAGAGCUUCGCCCGCUGGAUCCUCGGCGCCACCGCCCCCGGCAGCCCCGUCAUGUCCAUCAGCGGCGGCGGUCUCCAUCAUCAGAUCCAACAGCAGCAGCAGCAGCAGCAGCCGCCGCGCUACGACGUGCAGGCGUCGCGCCACACGCAGACGCCCAAGCUGCCCUACGUCACGGCUCAGGCGGCGGCCAGCUGCGACCUCAGCGACGUGGCCCUGCUCAAGCCGCCGCUGCCGCCGCAGCCCAAGCAUCACAUGCUCGCUGAUCGCUCCGAUCUCUGGGGCAUCUCGUCGUCGCGGCCUAAGAGCACCACCAGCCUGUACGAGGACGAGCUCGCGCGACGCCCGAGUCUGUUACUACCGCCGCCGCCGGAACUGCACGACCUGCACUCGACAAUCAGCCCGACUAGCAGCGAUUUACCCAGCGAGUAAGCAAAUUUUUCUGCGGCUUUUACUGCAAACGAUCGCAACACGUCUAUGUUAUAUAUCCCCAAGCGCCAUUGGAAUCACGCCCCCGCUCGGUGUUGGAUCAUGCAGCGGCAGAUGUGGAGCGCGCAUUUUUUUAUAAUCAUCACUUAGUUCUAAUUAAUAUAUCUCUACUUUUUUCGAGGUAGACGUGCACCCAGCUCCACAUUUUCUAUAUAAUUAUAAAUGAUCGACCGACGCUUGUCGCAUGCAAAUGAUGAUGAAUCAUCCAUAAAUUAUCGAAUACAAUAGAAAAUGAUCGUCUCAGCGGCUCGUGAGUCGAGAAAAAAAAAGCUUCUUUUAUUUUACAUUUGAUAGGUUUGUUCGUGUGAAAUAAAUCACUCUUUUUCAUUCGAUGCAAAAAAAAAAUAAAUAAAUAAAUAAAUAGAUGUUGAUUAAAAAUAUGCCACGUAAUAUGAAUUCUUUCGAUGGAAUCAUUCGUAAGAGAUACUUUUUGGUAAAUAGAAAAAUUACAAAAAGUAUUUCUUUCUACAGUAUCUACUAUAAAAAGAUAAAUGUUAUAUACGUAUACUUCGUUCCGGAUAUGCUGUACAUAUCAAUUCAGAAAAUGAUGAAUAUUUAAACAUUAUUAUUAAUUUAUUUAGAUCAUGAUAACGGAUAUUAAUUAUGCAAAUAGUCGACUCAAAAUUUAAUUGUGUCCGUAAGCAACUGUAAAUAAUAUAAGUUUCAGUCGAAUUGAUUUAUUAUUCAUUAUCUCUUGUUUGUGAAAUUUCGACGAAUAUAUUCAACCAGACUGAAGUUUUUUAUACUUGUGGAACGAAUUAAUUGAUCUACAAAUAAUUUUUAAGGGUUUUCGAUUUUACAAUUAUCCUAUAAGCUAACAGUCGAAUUAACGAAGUAAAUAACAACGAUCAACUAUCAGAAAAUCUCAAUGAAUCUACUUUACGAACGAACCGUUCGUUUGAUAUAUAAUUAAUUCGAAAAUUAUAUUUUCAAUUAUUAAAGCAACGAAAUACAAUGAGUAAUGAGUUUAUAAUUGUUAGUAUUGUGAAUUAUCUACUGAUAUUACAUCAAAAUGCUCUUUGUACAUAUAACCGAUGAGCUUAUCAACGACGACGAAUUGUAUGCUAAGUUUUUUAAACAAAAAUUUCCACAAAAUUUUACUUCAUUGAUCACAAUAUCGAUAAAAAUUUCAUGAACUCAUAUUAUUGUCGGGAUUGAUUGUUAACAUUUAUUCAAAACGAUAAUCCGAACUUUGUUAAGUUUUAAAAUUAUUAAAACAAAUAUUGUAAAGAUGAUUUUUAAUUAUUCAAAUAUAUAUUUGGUGUUUUUAGGGAAUGCAUUGCGAUCUAUAGAAGUGCCACUGAAAUGAUAUGAUAAUGCGAAAGAUAAUUAUCAUAUGUAUCCUUCUUGACAUUUCUCGACAAAGAUUGUUAGUAAUUUUAAUCUGAUGGAGGUUGUAAAUUGUAAAAUAUUUGAUUGUUUGAAAUGUUAAUAAAUUAUAUCUCGUCUAAGAUAUCUGGAAAGUUUAUAAAAUAUAACGAAUACAUCUAUCGCGAUUAUGAGAAAUAGUGAUAACAUGAAUAAAUAAUAUACAUUAUUAAAGUGGAAAAAACUAAAUAAAUGCCUAAUAAAAUCAGAUUCUAAAUUAACGAUAGAGCGUAAAAAAGUAUCACGCAUAACCGCAUCCGGCCACGAUGUAUGUAAUUAAUGGGUAUUGCAUUAAAAUAUUCGUCGCUCUCAACCUCAAUUUUCGAAUAUAACACGGCGAUAAGUAUAGAAAUUAUCAACAAAUUGUAUGUACAACAUCUACUCGGUGAAUGAUGAAAAAUGAUUAAGUGCGCUAAUAGUCAUUCUAAAUUAGUCCGCCCAUCGCUCCAAAUAUGUUUAAAUACUUUGUCAAUUAGAAUAUCAAAGUUUUUAUCAUCAAUGUGCCAACAAGGAUAAUUGAAAGUUUUUUAAUGAUAAAUUUGAGUGAUGUGUAAGUUGCGUAAACGUUGGAAAAUAGUAGGAAAAACAUUUCGCAUCUUCCAAGCUUUUCUAUAAUCGUGUGCUGAUUUUUUGAAUUCGACGAAUAAAUUAAGAAUAAUAACAAUCAACAAUGAGUGAUCAACCAUAUUCUAUCAGUUCCCGAUUCGAUUGGAAAAAUUUAGCACCUUAUUAAAUCAAAAUAUAAAACUCUAACUUGAAAAUCAAUUCACUUUUUUAACUUGUAUAAUUGAUUUUUCCUUUAUAAAUAAUUAUUGAUUAAGAGCUUGCCGGCACCCAAAAAUUGGUUUUCAUCGCUUUUUUAAAAAAUUCAAUAGCCUCAAUCAAUUAUCACAGAUCUCUUGAAACUCAAAGAUAAAAAAAUAUCGUUCUCGAAAAAGUUAUAAAAAAAAAAAACAAUUUAAGGUGCCCAAGAGCUUUUUUAUGAAAAUUACAUAAAAUAUUUUAUAAACAAUCAUACUCAACAAAUGCUCGUGACUGAUUUUCAAAAUUUUUACCAAAGUUCCUCUAGGUAGAUACUAAAAAAUUUUUUAUCAUUGUUUAGAAGGUAAACAUUUCAUUGAAAUUAGAUUGUAGUAUAUGAAAACGUAAAGAUGUUUAUAAAUCGUGCACACUCACAGCAGAUCAUUGCAUCAAUCUCCUAUAAAUCAUUGCAGUCACGAAAAAAUGUAACGUAUGGAUAUGAGAAUGAGAGAAAAUAAGUGGCCAAUUCAAAGGUGAAUAA